AGCCGUGGGCCCGAGCUGGGCCAUGGCAACAUCUUUGAAUGUGGGCGACUUCAAAGUCUACCACUGCACGUCCACGGGGGAGCUCUUGUGGGUGUUCCAUCAUGUGACUGACUCUAUCUUCUCAAAGAACAGGCAAGCUACAGAUGUGGUCACGAAGAGCAACGCGGCGAUUUCCAGAACGUUUUCCAAGAUCUUUCCUCAUGCUGCAGUUCCCCCGUGGUAUGUGUGCGGCCCAUCCGCCAGGCGGAAGGGCCGGUAUGAUUCCAAUCUGGCGCCAAACGAGGUGCUAAAUCAAUGCAUCAGUGAAAUUGUUUCACCAACAGCUGGUGUGAUAUCUAUUUUGAGUCAUUGGACAAAGGCCAAGAACACGCAGGCUGCCCUCAUGCUGCAGAAGUGGCUAGCGCCCCUGAGCAGCGGCAAAGCUGGAAUCGACACAAUUACCAUUGCCCAGGUUCAAAUCCCGGUUGAGAACGGCCGCGCGCUGCUGGCAGAUGGCCGCGCCGAGGUCCUGAAGCGGCAGCGUUGGUGGCUGGAUUUCUUGGCAUGGUUCGAUGACCGGAUUCGUCAGGAUUCUGGGAAGUCUCCAGAUGAGAGGCUUUUCACAUCAUCGGUAGACCCUCCUUUGGGCGAGCUCAUCACCGCCUUGCUCAUUGCUGGAGGGGAUGUCAGCUUGGCAGCUGCGCACCGCUUGCUACAGCACUUUGCCCAAAUCAUGGCUAGCGGCAUUUGGGCCUUUGCAAUCUCGACCCCAUCGAGUAAGUCGAAGAAAGCCCACGCCCUCUUUGACCGCGCUGUCCUUUGCAAGGCGUUGGCUCUUGUCCAGCAAGGCCAGCACCCAUCGCUGGAGGCGGCGUGCAAGAAAAUGGACCUUGGUAGGGCGGCCCCGCCAACGAUCCACAAGGACUACACAAGCGCCUACUGCGCCCGAAUCUCUGCAGAAGUGAAAGGCCAAGCCAACUACCUGCAGGUGUUGUUUGACGGUGGGGCGCCAACGCCGAUCAAAGCUACCUUUUAUACCUUCUGGUCGCCGGAUCUGCAAUUGGGCUUCUCAGCCCCCUUCCAGGUUGAGGACAAGACCAUCCUCAACGAUGGGCCAGACAACCAGGAGGAUGCAGAAGAGCUCAAAACUCUGAUGAAGGCCGCAUCGAUGGAAAAGCAAAACUUACUGCCGCUUGGGGCAGUUCAGAAGCUACGCCAAGAGGCCAGGGUCCUGAACAAGCAAGAGCUUCAAUCAGUCCGAGAUCUUUCCAACGCCAUUCGGCAUGCUGCCUCGUUGGAUGAUUAUUUGCCGAAGUCGCGUGCUCCAUCAGCAGCGCGGCCCGCGAAUGACUUGCUGCGCCAGCCUUGUCUCCUGGUGACAUGCGACGAGGAAAGAAAACAGAUGAAAUGGCUGCACCGACUGGCUUUUCAAAACAAACUUCGGAUUGUGAUCCGAAGGGACGAGCACCACAGGCUCCAGAAUGACAGCUUGGCACCGGCGAAGGCGUGCAAGAUCUUUGGAAGCUGCGUUGCAGCGUGCAGAAUCAUCAUGAGCAUAAAUCGGCGGCCAUGGAGCUCCUAUGGCUUUGGCCACACGCUAGCUGGGUGCAUCAGUUCCUACUUGAAACUAUACGGACCAAGCUCUGCUGAGUUUCAAGAGCACUUAGACGAGAUGCGGCUGGACAUGGGACUGCCGGAGUCGGCCAGCGCUGAUGAGAUCUAUGACAUGUGUUGGAGCGGUAUUGACGCCCUUACAUCACCUUCAGAAGCCACCGUGUCAAGAUUCCUCAACUGGUGUUCCAGAUACCACAGCUUCCACAAGUUCUGGACGUUCAUGCUGAAAAUUCAUCGAUUCCGUCGCAAUCUUGUUGGUGAUCUUGACCUAGAAGGACAAGAAGCUGACGAGGGUGACCUUGAUGUUCAGGGGCCCGCCCAGGGUGUUCUUGGAGCAGAGGAGGCUAAGGAGGACUUGACACGAAGGCUCAAAAAGCUUCAAACCCGCAAAAAGCUCAUGGAUGUCACCUAUGAUGUUCUGUCCGACAGCGUCAUCAAAAAGUACUCCUACAUGAUUUAUCGCUCGCAAAUGCCCCUCUACGCAGAUCACUGCGAUAUCAUGGAAAUCACGAAGAGCCGCAAGCACAACGUUCAAGCACAAGCUGGAUGGUCUUUGCGCUCCUGGGGGCGAACAAUCUCCCGGCUGUUUGGCGAGCUGGACAGCGAGGACACUUGCAAGCGCUUGGGCUGCGACAUGCGGUCAGCGCAGGACCCUGCAAGCAACAAAGAGGACGCGCUGCUGUUUUACAAACUUAUUUGCAAGGCUGCUAGCCAACGAACUUGGUCUAUGUCAAGCUGGCUACUUCCACCCCACCAAUGGUUUGGAAUUCUGCAUGACAACAAAGACUGGGCGCGGGAAGCUUUCAAGGAAAUGAAGAACCAAGCUGCCGUCACACGGAAAGCUUUUGAAACGCAGCAGGCUUCUGGCCAGGACACUGAUGUUGCGGGACUGACCCACGCGCUCAAUGAACUAUGGUGCCACAAGUUGACCGUGGUACAGGAGUGCUGGAACCACAUGGACUGCCACUCAUGGCAGGCAAACGCCUGCUUUGAACAUGUGCUUCGUUUGGCGGACUGCUGGUGCUCGACCAAGGAGUCUUUAGAAGACACCCUAGGCCAUUUGAAAGAUCACGGAACUCGUGACAACAAAUGGUCCAACUCUUCGGCAGAGCGGCUUUUCUUUCACGCGACUUUGGGUAUGCGGUGGAACACAGAGGAGUGGAAAUUGAUGCAAGUUUCUUCGGGCGACAUGCAAAACAAGGCGAUGUUUCAAAAGGAACGCUCUCGGAGCAAGAUUUUUUCUGCUGGCGCUGGCGAUUCCAAAGUUGAGGAGUCAGUGCGAGACGCGCUCAAGUCGAAACACAGAGGAAUUGCAGGUCGGAGCAUUUCCGGUCCCGUUGGGACUGCUGUCGCUUUGUGUAACAUCAAGCCAGCAUCACAAGAGGCCAACUGGCGAUCAUCAGCAUCUAUGAUUGUUCUGCAGGCAACGGCGGACUCGAAUUUUCAAAACAUUUCAGGCUGCUGGGUGACUGAACUCAUGCAACUGGGAAUGGUUUUCCAGCAGAAGGCAAGCGGCAAAUAUUUUUUGAGCUUGGGUGUUUAUCACAACGCUGGCUUUGCGUGGGAGAUCAAGCAGCUCACGCCUGGGUCGCCCAUAUUUUUGCUUUGCAGCGCUCAUGCAACCUACGCGCAGGCCCGCCAACAGGUGACAACAAUUUGUACCAGCCAGCUGGCUCGCAAAAAUGAUGACUCUGACUGCGAAGACUUCAGCGGAGUUCCGGUUGAGGUUUGCCCGCCUUCUGAGCACAAAAUGCCUGGCCUUGGAAUUGUGCUCCGCAGAACUGGGCCGAACCUCAAGCUGGCCCAGCAUUUCUUGAUGCACGGGGUUGCUGCUGAAGUUGGUGACCAGGUAAUCAAAAACCUAUGCUUUGCGCUGGAAUUGAAAGUGGAGCCAUCCGGGGAGAAGAAGGUGGGACUUCACUCGCGAUUGAUAGCGCUCAUUGACCACUUCUUUCCGGACAUCGACAAGGACACACGCGCCAACACGCUUACUCGCCACUUGGGAGCGACAAAACACCGCAAAGAGCCAAGCUGCAUGCUGGACGUUCUACACAUCGUGAAGAACGACUCGGACGGAAAGUUGUGGGAUGACCUGCUAGAGAAACUAGAAGACCAGGCUCGCGCGGAGUUCAUAGUGACUCGAGUUGGACACAGCAAGGAACGAGCAAGCUACGCAACCCCCGAAGAGAUCAAACGGCUUCGCCCUGCGGAUGUUGCCAAAUGCUACCUCGUUUGGCAGUUCUCGGCGAACCAGUUCCAGGCAUACUACCCCAAACCUGCCAGUGAUAAAGAACAAAUGGAACAAGCGAAAACAAAAGGUUCAGCUGCGAGAAAGCAGAAGCUGAAAACACACUGGUCCACAGCAAAGACCUACAACCAGACCGUAACACAACUUGCAGCAUUGAAACAUGCUGUGGCAUUUCUUUGGCAGCAUCACAAAAAAGCCGGCAAAGAUGUGUCAAACAAGCCAACGUCGAAACAGAUUGAGGAAGCCCUCAAAUCAGUUGACACUUCGACUUUGAAGACCUGCUUGGAAACAGUGGACGACGAUGCAGUUGAUUUGGUACCGAGCCAAGCCAGCAGCCAAGAGAACGACGACCAAGCAGCCGGCAGUGCACGCGACAAGCCAGCGCGUGUCGGCAAAAAAAGGAAAGCAAGCAGCUCCAGCAGCUCCAGCAGUUCUUCGUCUUCAUCCAAAGCGCCUCCCACAGCUCCAGCAGUGACAGCAAAAGCAAAAGCAAAAGCAAAGCCAAAGGCCAAAACAAAGGCCAAAUCACCACCACCGGCAAAAGCGAGUCCGAAAGCCAAGCCAGCAGCCAAAGGGAAGAAACGAGGGGCUGAGCCUGUUGAACCUGCACCUGCAUCGUCCAAGCCUAAAACACAGCGCAUCGAUACAUCGAAUGUGAAGCUCAAAGGAAAUUUGAGCCGACCGGAGCAUGAUUGUUUGCUGUGAGG